GUUUAUUCUUUUUUUGUUUGCUUCAGUAUCUUUGUGUGUGAUCAUGUCAUUGUAAAGAAAGCAUGUCUUCAGAAGGGGUUUCUACAUUUGAGGUGGAGUUUGAGAUCAAGUGCUCAGCAGAGAAAUUCUUCGACAUUUACGCAGAUCAUGUAACCAUGUUACCACAGGUCCUCCCUCACAUGUUUAGAAGCACCACUGUGGUUAAAGGGGAUGGCAAGAGUGAGGGUUCUGUAGUGGAUUGGGAAUAUUUUUUAGAACCACCUAGCUUUGAGACUGCAAGGCAAACGAUUGAAGCAAUAGAUGAAGAAAAAAUGGUACUGGUCAAAAGAUUCUACGGUGGUGGUCUAGGGAAAAAAUUUGAUCUUUACAGGGCCACACUGACGGCUUUUAAGAAGGAUGGAAAGAACUAUGUGAAGUGGUGUCUUGAUAUCAAGAAGACGCAUGGACAAAUUCCUGACCCACAUGACUACAUGGAUUUUAUUGAGAAGUUCACCAAAGAGUUCGACUCUAGCCUUUCCACUGGAAAUAUUUCUGCAUAAACAGAAACCAGAAGUUCU